AUGGCUGAGAAAGAGAGGCAGACUGGGAAUCCCAGGCUGGUGGAGAAGAAUGUGCUGGAAAAGGUUAUGGGGAUGGUAGAAAGGAAAAUGGAGGAAGAGAAGAAGAAGAUGGUGACAUUCAUUGCAGGGGAGUGUGGCGGGGGUGUGGUCCCUGGUGCAGCUGCAGGGGAGGAGUGGUGCAGUGAGCUCAAGGGGGGCAGUACCGGGAGGCAGUCAAAAAGCUGUGGGCAGUGCAGCUGCCUGGUGAUGGAGAAAGAAGCUGAGCUCUGCUUUCCACAACUCCUCAACACUUCCUGCAGGAAGCUGACACUUCACUGGUCCAAGGCUGUGCUGCUGAACAUUGUGCUGUUCUGCAUCUCUCUGAUCACUGUUGCUCUGAACCUCUUGGUCAUCAUCUCUGUCUCCCACUUCAGGCAGCUUCACACACCCACUAACAUCCUCCUCCUCUCUCUGGCUGUCUCAGACUUACUUGUUGGCCUCCUGUUGAUGCCUUUAGAAAUCUUUAGAAACACAAGCUGCUGGGUACUUGGAGAUCUCAUAUGUUCGGUCUAUUGGUAUCUGAGUGGCAACAUUACCUGUGCUUCAACAGGAAUCAUAGUUCUUAUAUCAAUUGACCGCUAUGUAGCUAUUUGUGACCCCCUUCAUUAUCCCACCAGAAUGACUGUGGUGAGAGUCAAACUUAGUGUUUGUCUGUGUUGGUUUUAUUAUAUUUUUUACAUUACUCUUUACCUUAAAGACAUCCUGAUUAAACCAGGCAGGUAUAAUUCCUGCAGUGGAGAGUGUGUACUUGUCAUCAAUAGUAUUGCAGGGAUUAUUGACUUUGUCUUAGCUUUUAUUGUUCCAGUUUCUGUCAUCAUUGUUCUGUAUAUGAGAAUAUUUGUGGUGGCUGUGUCUCAGGCUCGUGCCAUGCGCUCUUGUGUCAGAGCAGUAACAUUUCAGCGUUCACUGAAUCAAACAAACAAAUCUGAGUUGAAAGCGGCCAGGACUCUGGGGGUUCUUGUAGUUGUGUUUCUUGCAAGCUUCUGUCCAUUUUACUGUUACUUUUUUGUUGGAGAAAAUGUGGUCAGUGAUUCAUCUGCAUUUUUUGUGAUCAUUGCCUUUUAUUUUAACUCUUUCCUAAACCCAAUGAUCUAUGCUUUGUUUUAUCCUUGGUUUAGAAAGUCUGUUAAGCUUAUCAUCACUCUGCAGAUGUUUAAGCGUCACAGCAGUGAUACUAACAUAUUAUAA